GAGUUCUCUCUCAGUUUGAAUUUGUAAUCGCCAUCGUGUAAUUGGUGUUCUGUUAUCACAUCGUCGUUGCCCACCGGGUGGAAAGAAAUCGAGUGAUAUCAGAGGAACGAAUCUAUAAAACGUAACUGACAGAAAAUUAAGAGAAAACGACGACUGAUCGAGAGAGAGCGGACGAGCGGAAAGUGUAUGCCGAGUGGAGUGCGGUCGCGAAAUCGGAAUCCAGCCGAACGGGGCGAAGUGGAUCGAAGACGACGGGUGUGAAGUGGAGAAGUAAAAAAAGAAUUUUUGACGUGGCUUUUUACGUAUUUCGGUCUCGGGCCCGAUUUGAUUGUAAUUCCAUCAUCGUCGUCAUCACAUCAUCGCAACGAGAAUAUUUUGUUAGUGGAUUUUUCGCGAUUUUCGCUACUUUGCAGCGGGCGCGUUACAUCCGCAAUUGACAUUUCACCUCUUGGCCGGAAAUCUUGGGAAAUUUACCGAAGGCGCGAUGAGCCUAUAAUUUGUCGAAAAUAAUCCACUUUGUGCGGGAACUGACGGUCUAGCGCCGUUCGAAGUUCGUCACGGUGAACUCUCAUUAUCUCGUCACCGACCAUAAUAAAAAAGUAAACACGACAAAAGUUCCGUCGAGACGAGGCGAGGAAAUAGUCGGCGCGCAAAGGUUCUCCCUUGUCGUUACGUAGACGUUUUCAUCUUGACGUUUUCCGCAUUGUGGAUGGUGUUGGAAGGAAAGCGUUUCGGAGAUAAAGCCAGAUCCUGAUAACCCAUCGAAGCCAAACGGAAGGCUAUUGGCGGAUUCGAUCCGCAUCAUUAUACGAAUCAAGUUAAGAUAAAAUAGGAGGAUAAGUCUUCAAAAAUUUCUUAUCAAAAUCGGAUAACAAUCGGAUACGGUGGAAGUGGCGGUGCUGUUUUAAAUUUAAAGAAAAUGGAUAGCAUAGUGGAAGAAAAUGGAAAUAGCAGUUUAGAUCCACUCAACGAUUCGUCCGGACAGCAAACGGUCAACGAUGGAGGGCCACAACAGAAUUCGACGCAAACAAAUACAGUGCUUACAACAGGCGCUAAUAUCGUCCACUUUUUACCAGCACCGAAUAUUCCAGCUCAAUCUGUAAUACAGGCGAAUCAGUCAUCAGUGAUACAAACAGCAAACACGCAUCCAGGGGCAACACUACCCAAGGGAGGCGUUGUCUAUCUCAACAAACAAAACACAGUUAUCCAUUCAGCCGGUGGCAAUACGCUGCAAGUCCACAUAAAACCAGAACCACAACAACAACACACCAUCGAUACAAAUAGUGAAGAAAGCUUAACAGACGAUGAUUCUCCGAAAAGGCGAAGAGAACUUACAAGGCGGCCGUCUUAUCAUAAAAUUCUCAAAGAAAUUAGUGGACCAGAUAUAGCAGCUACAACGCUGCAAAUUGCCAAUAUGAAUAGUGGUAAUGAUAGUGGCCCUGGUCACACUAUCUCUGGACCUGGCGUGGGUGGUACUACAGUUUUUCAAAUAACGACACCUGGUCAGGAAGCAACUUUUUAUGUACCUGCUCUGGGACCUUCACCCGAAGAUCAAUCGCGUAAACGUGAAAUUCGAUUGCAAAAGAAUCGAGAAGCUGCACGUGAAUGUCGACGUAAAAAGAAGGAGUAUAUUAAGUGCCUGGAAAAUCGGGUUGCGGUGCUAGAAAACCAAAAUAAAGCUCUUAUUGAGGAAUUAAAAGCACUUAAGGAAUUAUAUUGUCAACAGAAAAACGAUUGAGACAGGCCUAACCCGAAAACAUUGGAUUAGUCUACUUUAUGAAUACCAGUAAGAAAGAAUGAAAUCAUUUUUAAGAUUGUUGUUUUAGUUUUUUAUUUUAAAACAGUGUCCCAUUAUUUAUUUACAUUUUAUUCCCAAUUGGCAAUAUUUUGAUAGUAAAGUUAAUAUUCAAAACGGGGUCUUAUUGCUUUCGUAUAAAAUUAAUUUGUGGCUUACAUCCAAAAACUGUGUAAAAAAAAAGUCAGAAUAUACAAGACAACCUUCUGUCCUGUCGUUAUUGAUUAUAUGAGAAUCGUUAUUAUUCAAUUUGCGAACAUGGAAGGAGGAACAUAUCCUGUUCAGAUUCGUUGAUACAUAUAAUUUAGAGAACAGAAUUUGGCGCAUGAAGAUUGCUGAUACAUAUUCCAAAUAUCGCAAUGCCUUUACUCUAAAUUGUUUUUUGUAAAGGAAGCGAGCGGGACUUUCUUCCGAAUCAUCCCACGAAUUGCUUUGUACAUAGAUAAUUCCUGGUAGUUUAAUUAAAAAAAUGGUGUCAAAUGGAAGUUAUUUGCUGUGAUGUUGCAUUUUUAAAUAAUUUUGAACCUAUAGUAAUGCAAACGCAUGAAUGAUUAUUGGUUGACAUUUGUGGGUGUUGCUUGAUUGUCAAAUUCGACAGAAAAGGGGUUUUAGACUCAGAAUUCAUUCAAUUGAAUUCCAUGACCUCUAUAAUUAAGAGCACUGCCCGGCAUCUUAUUGAAGAGUGCUCUUAUCUGAUAAAUAUGUUGAUACAUAUUCUGCAAGUUUGGAAAAUCUCAUAUCAUGCAUGAUUUCCGCAACUGAAUAUAUCAAACUUUUCGCAUAGUGUAUGCAAAUUGAUAUGAAUCUUUUUAACUAGUUUUUUAACCAGAGAGAUAUUUUUGGUUUUUCUCAAAGCACAUGAAAAUUUGUUUUAAUAGAAAAACGAAAACACGACUUUAUUAAAUGAUUCAUUCAAAAAUACUUAAAAAUUUAUCUUUGGAACGAUACUUCUUUUCUGAAGAGGUAACACACAAGAUAAAGAUACAAUUGCUGGUAAUUCAAUCUGAAAGUAUAAUUUGUCUUUGUAAAUAUUAAAAGAGCAAAAAUUUAAAAAAUGAGAAAAUAUGAUUAGAAUGUGUACAUGUAGUUAAAGCUAUCUUCAUUAUAAUUAAUAUAAAUUUAGUAAAUAUAAUGGUAAUUAAAUGCGAGCAAAAUUUUCUAUAUACGAAUAUAUAAAUUUGAAGUACAUAAAAUAUUAUAUGUAUAAACUUGUAAAAACAACUUAAAAAUAAUAUUGUGGUAAAUAAUUUAAAUGUACAUGAUGUUAUGUAAACCGAUAGGUGUUAGAUCGGGUUUACAUGUGUUGAUGACUAUUAUAUUUAGGUAAAACAGAGAAGGAAUAUUAUAAUAAAUAUUACGUUGCAUAUUUUUAAGUUAAUUA